CAAGUGGUGACGGCGAUCAAGCGUGCAGCGGAGCUCGCUGGCCAAAAUCCUGAGCAGUACGGUUCACAUUCACUGCGUAGCAGCGGCGCCACAGCUCUAUUAAGCGCAGGUUACGACAGUUUGGCGGUGAAAUUGUUUGGGUGGGGGAGGUCAGACGCGGUUGAGCGCUACACACGGAUCGGCGGGCGUCUCAUGGAGAAAAUGGCAGCUGAAAUG